UGAGAAUAUUUUAAGUUCAGUCCUCAUGAUUCCAUCUGUGAACUGAAUCAGUCCCUCCUGCAGCAAAACACUCCCAUAGCAUGAUGCUGCUACCUCCGUGUUUCACAGUUGGGAUGGUGAAACUGAAUGCAGCGUUUAUUUCCCCAAACUGAGGUUUUUGAAAGGACUUUCAAAACCCCACUUCAAAAAGAUCUGCACCACUUUGACACAGUUAAAUUAGAGCCGUUAUCUCGUAGCCUUAAGGGACCGAUUUUUUGCAUAAACUUCCAUAAAAAGCUUCCAUAAAAAAGUCUUAAUGGAAACCAAGGAUUAAUGGAGAAAAACACACUCUUGUUUAUCCUGUCUCGCCGGGACGCCAGGAUCUAUGGGGACACACGUCGCUGCAGGCUGCAUCAGCUCCAUCAGCCUCCUCCUGCAGCUGCAGCCCGGAGGCGCGCAGCGGCGCCUGAUCGAUCCUUUUAUCGGAAAAUAAUCCAUCGCCGCAUGGUGACGUCACGCCGCUGAUGGUCCACGGCGGAGGCUGUUUGCCGCGCGGACACCCGGGGAUGGACGCGUGCGCUUAAAACACUUCACCGGAAAUAAUCAUCAUUGCAAUAAAAAAAGAGGGAAGACUCCAUAUUUACCGCACGAGACGCGCGAGGACGUGCACGGGAAUGUUUGUUUGUGACGUUGGCGCGUGGGAAAUGUAGCUGUCAGCGUGCAGCCAGGAGGAGGAGGAUGUAAAAGCGGACGGAUCGAGCCAGCUGUGGCCUGCUUCUCACAGCAACAUCUGGCCGGGUCAGAGAAGGCACCUGAGACCAAAGCAGAGAUAUGGAGGAGGGCAACACAGAGGGGGUCAGAGACGGACCUCCACCACCAUCAGAGAGCACCACCACCACCACCAACAACAACCUCCUGGCUUCUGUCAAAGAGCAGGAGCUCCAGUUCGAGAGGCUGACUCGAGAGUUGGAGGAAGAGCGGCAGAUUGUGGCGAGCCAGCUGGAGAAAUGCAUGCUGGGAGCUGAGUCACCAACUGGAGACAGUAGCAGCUCUUCUGAGAAGUCUUACGCAUGGAGAUCUGCUGGUGGAGAGUCUCAGGGUCUUGCCACGGAGGCGUCUGGGUGUCCAGGUCGUCACCUGGAGGCAGAGGAAGGGCUCUACCUGCCUGAAGUGGACCGGGCCUCCCUGCAUGACAGUGAGGGCUCCACAGGUCACUCGGCUCACAUGACCUCGUAUUCAGACAGCGGCUACCAAGACAGCAGUGUUAGUUACUACAGCAACCAGAAUGUGGUGCGUUCGGAGCCCCGGGCCUCAGUAUCAAGAAGCCCUAGGGCAGAAGGUCAAGCCUCUGGGCAGGCAUCCAGCCGGGUGUUACGGAGGAUGGCCUCCCUACCUUCCAGGAGCCAGUCACCUGGCUGUGGCACCACUGGAACCAUCUCACCGUCUCGUAUCUCGAUGCGAACGUCACAAGGUAGUACGUAUGACUCGCCCAUUUUGUCUGAGCCCAAAUCGCUGGCGGCCAUCUUCCCUGGCACCACCAUGCCGCCGUCCUGUCCAUCACCAACCUCCCCGAGUGACGCCACCCAGGCCCUGGGGAGUUUAGGAGGAGGAGGACUGGGACGACUGGGCUCUACCCUCUCUUUGAUUGAGGGGAGGGCUUUGACGGGGUCUCCGCUGCGUUCAGGGAUGACGGCGGUGCCGCAGCACUACGGCUCCACGCUGCCCAGGCAGAGCCAUUCGCUGGCGUAUGGUGCUGAUCCGUACGGCCUAUACCAAAGGAGUGCUCUGCCGCGCCCGGACAGCCUCAUAGGACUUCACAGCUCAUACGCCAGCCAUGGAGCACAGAUAGAUCCAGAGCUGAGGGCGGCCUUAUCUCCAGACUGCCACAUGACGCCCGUAUUUGAUGAACGCUCUUUCCAAAGCCCCCUAUUCCACAGUCCCACCCAGGACCCCCAGAGUUCACUCUACAGGACAAACACAGGUAUGGGAACCCUUCCCCGGACCACAAGCCAUUGCGGCACGCUGCCGUACCAAAGAAGCAGCUUCGGGGUGAACUCUGCAGCUGCGUACGUCGACUCCAUCAGGGUGUCCACUGAGCCCGUCUACUCCCACAGACACUCAGCCCUGGUGGACCGAGUCAUUACCCGGACCCCGUCCAUUGAAAGCAUCCAUAAGGAUCCAAGGUGUUCUGUGGAACCUCUCCUCGUGCGAUGCGGUAAAGAUGACCAUCAUUCGUGACGCCCUAUCCACCCUGACCAACACGGUCAUCAUCCCCCACUCAGGCUGGAGCAGCGUGUCCCACCGUGACGAGCACAAAGUCAAGUUCCAGUCCUCCUUGCUGCUGCGCAACACCACCGGCUGCCUGAGGAACCUGAGCUCGGCGGGGGAGGAGGCGAGGAGUCAGCUGCGCUGCUGUGAGGGUCUGAUCGACUCGCUGCUGCACAUCCUCCGAGCCUGCGUCAACACCUCCGACUACGACAGCAAGAUUGUGGAGAACAGCGUCUGCACCCUGAGGAAUCUCUCGUACAGGCUGGAGGUGGAAAUGCCCUCCUCCCGUCUGCUUGGCAACCAGGAGCUGGACACCUUGCUGGGUUUUUCCUCUCCGGCCAAAGAGCUGGACUACCUCUGCUGGGGAAAGAGGAGGCGGGGGAGGAAGAGGAGCGGCUGGCCUGAAGGCAAGUGGGACGGUGUUGGAUCAGUCCCAGGUUUCUCUCAGUCUCUGAGAGGGGCGGAGCUUCUGUGGCACCCGAUGGUGGUAAAGCCGUACCUCAACCUGCUGGCUGAAAGCUCCAACCCCGCUACGCUGGAGGGGGCCGCCGGCUCCCUGCAGAACCUGUCUGCUGGGAACUGGAAGUUCUCAGCCUACAUCCGAGCAGCUGUGCGGAAGGAGAAAGGUUUACCAAUCUUGGUGGAGCUGCUAAGGAUGGACAAUGACCGGGUUGUCUGCUCUGUUGCCACUGCGCUCCGAAAUAUGGCACUUGAUGGCCGCAACAAGGAGCUGAUAGGAAAGUACGCCAUGCGGGAUCUGGUGAACCGUCUGCCCGGUGGCAGUCCUACCGUGCUUUCCGAUGAGACCGUGGCGUCGGUCUGCUGCACACUGCACGAGGUCACCAGCCGCAACAUAGAGAAUGCCAAAGCCUUAGCUGACAGCGGGGGCAUCGAGAAGCUGGUAGACAUCAGCAAAGGCCGAGGGAAAGGGUACUCAAUGAAGGUUGUGAAGGCAGCAGCUCAGGUGUUAAACACUUUGUGGCAGUACAGAGAGUUGAGGAGCCUCUACAAACAGGACGGAUGGAAUUACACCCAUUUCGUCACCCCCGUGUCCACUCUGGAGCGAGAUCGAUACCGUUCUCAGCCGACUCUGCCCACCAGCCCGCUGCAGAUGUCCCCCGUCAUCCAGUCAGGUGGCAGUGCAACAUCCUCACCUGCGAUGCUUGGGAUAAGAAGACACAGUUCAAACUACCAGAGAGCGCAGUCAUCUAUGCAACUUGACUCAUACUACGGAGACAGUAUCCACAAAAGGCAGUAUACAGGGUCUGAGAAGAAAACCCCUUAUUUUAUCGGGACUUACUCUUCCCAGUCAGGAGAAGAUUUAGGAAGAACCCAUCACUCAGAGCCAUUUUACGACGAACCUGACAGGAAAAACUACAACAGCUACAGAAUGUACCUGUCAUCCCCUCAAGGUUACGGCGAGGAGCGCUUUGAGGAUGAACCCGUCCACCUGAUCCCGUCCUCGCCAGAUGGCUUUGUGAGCCAGUCGCUCCAAUUCAAAGCCAACACCAACUACGUCGAUUUCUACUCCACCACGCGGAGGCCUUCAAACAAGGCAAAUAAUUUCACCGGUUCCCCCGACUCCUGGGUGUAAAUGGACACGGCGUGCUUUACUGUGUGUUUCUGUGGAUGUUCUGUGUUUGAGGGAGCGCACAUGUAUGGAUGAGCCGUACUGUUUGGGUUGACUUAAAGGGAUCCCCGAUUAGUUGUAAUAUUAGACUUUAUUUGAUAAUCAUUUAUUUUAACUGUAACAUAAAGACU